CUCAGAGCCCACCAACAGCACCUAGCGCUGAUGCCCCUUUGCUGAGUUAUCUUUAAGCCUUCCCUGCUGAAUUCUUUCUGUUGUCCUCUUCUUUCUGUGUCUCUGCUGCUGCCGCUGCUGCUGCUUUGUUGUGUCUAUUUCUACAAUGUCUCUCAAGAAGCCCUUAUUCAAGACACACCAUUCUCUCCUAUCAAAGAAUUCCAUUGACGAUUCUCUUGUUGUCCAGUGGGACGAUGACUUGUCUUUCACAAUUGACAAAUUGAAUCAAAUAUUGGUCCACUACAACCUGUUCACAGACCACUGGUUGCAAUUUCUAACCAACCAACUCGCAAUAGCCUCCACCUUUAUCGACCUUCAUUCCUCAAAUCAGGACGAUGACGAUACCAUCAAUGACAAAAAUAAUGAUAAAAAUAAUGACCACACAAAAAAUCAAAUCGACAAGAUCUUCAUAUCAACUUCCGAUAAUUUACUGAAAAUUGACAAUAAAUUCUACUUGUCUCAAGUAUCAAUAGACGAAAUCAACCACUUUAAAUCUUUAGUUUCAAAUUUAAACAACCAGUUUACCUCAAAUUUCAAAAAAUUUAAUUCAACUUUAUCUUCAAAUUUCUCUGACUUGAUCAAAUACUUGAACCUAUUCAAAUCCUUAAUCAAGUCUCGCUCAACUAAAAAAAACAACCUCUCAAGCUACCAAAAAAAGAUCCAAUCUUCUACCUCAAUCAAAAAUAACCUAAAUAAACCUCUAUCUCAAAAGGAAACUAAACACCUUAACGAUUUAAUUCAACUUUUCAACACUGCUGAUCUAAAAACUAAACAAAUUUUACCAAUUGUCUUGUCUCUAUUAGAUGAUUUCCUCAAUUACACUUUAAAAACAAUCUAUUACCAAAAUUUACAACUACUUAAUCACAUUACAAAAAAUUUAUCUUUUUUUGCUCAAAAUUACGGUCUAAUACUAAACAAUAACAACAACAACUAUAACGAUAUAGUUCAAUCCUAUAACACAGAUUUUAAUCCAAUUCAAUCUCGUAUAUUAUCUUUAAAACUUCUAAUCACUCCCUACACUUCAAUUCCUACAAUUAAUAAACUAUCUCCCAUAGAUUCUUUUCCAUCUAAUAAUAUUGUAUCUAACAACAACAAUAACAAUAACAAUAACAAUAACAACUUGACUGCAUCAAAUCUAAUAUCUAAUGAAAAUUUCAACCAAAUUAUAAUUUCAACUCCCAAUUCAGCUUCUAACUCUAAUCAAUCCCAAUUUCAAAAUUACAACCACAAUCCUAAUAACAUUAGCAAAUCAAACCGUAAUCUGUUAGAUGUCCCUAAAAAUAACAUUGUCAAAAGAAGUCUAUCCCUAAAAGUUAAAAAAAAUAAAUUUGACCCAACUCCUGUCAUGAAACCACUAAAUUUAAAUAGAUCGCAUACUAAAAAUCUAAAAUCACACUCAAAUUUAGCUUCAAUUAUCUCUCCAAAGGAAGAUCAUUUUUUCUUCAACACUAACACUACAAAUACAAACACAAACAACAACACAAACACCAACAACAAUAACAUUGAUAGUGACAUUACUACCAUCACAACCACUACUAACAACUUAUCCAUCAAUAACGAAAAUAUCAGUUUGCCUCCAUCUCAAAGAAAAUACUCACAUAACCGCGGUAGCUCUGUAAGCCUAUUAAACGCACUACAACCUCCUCCAAGCCUUUCUAAUGCUUCUUCAAAAAAUAAUUCAGAAGAAUCUCUUUCAAGAACUUCAACUAAAAGAUUAUCCACUAUGAGUGAAAGAAGUGAAAGAAGAUUAAAAACUUCCUCCUAUAUUACUCCAAAUUCUGCUUUUCAAUUCGGUUCUCCUAAAAAAGACGACAAUGCUAGUACCUUAAGUUUAAAAUUAAACAACAACAGCAACAACAAUCAUGGCGAAAACUGGUUAAGACCUUUAUCUUUAGUUAGAAAUUCAAACGCUCCUCCACUUUUUCCUCAAUUCGAUAAAGACGAUAAAGACUUUGCUAACGAUGACCUGUUUUCAUUUAAAUCUUCAAACUCUUCAAAUUCUUUGAUUGGAAAUGACACUAUAGCCGCUACAAGCGAUUCCAACACCAAUACAACCUCAAUAGAUCAAAUAAUGAACAAUAAUCAUAAUCACCAUAUCACUGAAUCUAAUGAUACUUCGCCCUUUCAAUCUCCAUCAAAACAUUCAAGUUCGAAUAGAUUGAGCAUAAUAUCAUCUUUUUCAAUGAAUCAAAAUAACCAAAAUAUUCAAAAUAUCCAAAAUAGUCAAAAUAGAUUCAGUAUGAUGUCAACUACUUCAACCAAUAAAAGAUUGAGUAUUUUCUCAAAUAAUUCUUUAUCCGCUCCUAUCAAUCUAAAUUUAUUGCCUCCUAAUAACAAUUCUCAAUUGAAUUCUGCAUCUCUUUACACAAAUACUCCCACAUCUUCUGUUAAAAAUUUUAUAACAAAAUGUCCUAUUACUACUAAUUUUAAUAAUAAAAAUAAUUAUCAUUUAGUAGACGACAAAAUUAAGUUAUUAUCAUAUGCUGAUACAUCUUUAUCCGGCUAUUUGUAUAAAAACUUCAAUAAAUACUAUAAUAAUAGUUUAUUACUGGAAAAUGAUUUUACCCGAAAUCAAAAGGAUCGAAAGGACCGAAAAAACCAAAAAGAGGACAGUUAUAUUGCUCAGUAUCCAUUUAAGGGUAUUGAAAUUGGGGAUUUAUCCUUUAAUAAAGGAGACAUGAUUAAGAUUUUGUCAAAACAUACACCUGACAAAAAUUGGUGGAUCGGCGAAUUACCAGAUGGUAGGGUUGGUUUGCUUCCAUCCAACUAUAUUAGCAUCCAUUCCACCUAAGCAUUUACCUUGUUUCUUAAACUUAUUAAAAUAAUUAAAUUAAUGAAAUUAAUUUUUUUAUUUGUCUAUUUUCAUGGUUGAAUUCUAGUUGGUUUUCUGUGUAAGAGUAUUUGUAUAUUGCAUUGUUUUUUAUAAGUUUUAUUUUCCAUUAUUCUAUAUUGUGUUUUUAU